UCAGUUGUGACAGAUUUUGACUGUGGUGUCGUGUAUGAAUCUGCGUUCAAAAAGGGUAAAAUGAGGACAAUGCGAAUAUCUAGGAAAAGGGCAGUAGCAGUUUUCCUCAUCAUAAGUGUCUUAAUAUUUACCUACACCAUGACUUUUGGAAACACUCUAAUCGUUGAAAGGAAAGACUCCGAAAAAUAUAUCCAUUACAACAACGCUGAGAAGAUGUUGGAACCAGGGGAUAUCAAAUAUUCGAUAAAUAAUAAAAACAUCUGCAAACAACACCAUUUGGUAUCAUGCAUUGUUCUUGUCCAUUCGGAAGUAACACAUUUCAAUCGACGUUUGGAACUCAGGAAUACCUGGUUGAAUUCAACGUUUUACAAAAGGAAAGUUGUCAAAGUGGUUUAUUUAGUUGGAACUGUUAAUGAUGAAACCCUAACAAAGAAACUUGUGAAAGAGAAUAGACAACAUGCAGAUGUUAUACAGGGAAAUUUUAUUGAUACGUUUCGUAAUUCGACAUAUAAAGGAUUCAUGGGAAUAAAAUGGGUGAAUGAAUACUGCUUGAAUGCUGAAGUUGUUAUAAAAACUGAUGAUAAUGCUUUUAUCAACUUGUUUCUGUUUUUUGAACAGUACUUUAGUCAAAUUGUAGACGACGCCUAUAUAAUGGGAGCAUAUAUGCAAUCCAGUAAAAUAAUUCGAGCUAAAUCCAGUAGAUGGUACGUUCCAGAUUCAUACCUUAAAGGCAAACAAUUGUAUCCUUCGCCUUAUUUAAGUGGAUAUGCUGUGUUUUUACCGACAACUCUGAUCCCUAGUUUUUACAGGGCUGCUUUAUCGUCAGAUUUUUUUCCUGUCGAGGAUUAUUAUCUUUUUGGUGUUCUGCCGGCAAAAAUUAAAAGUUAUAAAAAUGGCGUAAAAUUUCAAUUCUUAGAUAACAAAAAAUAUAUGAUUGGGAACGAAGAGCAAUGGAUAAAUUGUUAUGCCUCCUCAGGUCAAAAAUGCAAAUUUCUGACACUUUUUACGAGCAGUCAUCGUCUUGAUAUGGAAAGACUAUGGUAUUCAGUAAUCAAAGACAGAAAUCUUAGGAAUUAGGAAUUAUUGAUCUCGCAAAACAGUAAUUCGUCGUUCUCGACAAAACAUGUUUAUAUUUAUACAUAAGAUUAUUCUGUUAUCAAGCGUGA